UCUUUCCCCCCACUGCUUCCGGUCCCAGGCGCGAAACCAGCGCCCUCCCGGGUCUGGAGAGAGGAAGUGACGGCGCUGCUGGGAGGAUGGCGGCUGCCGUGACUCUCCCGUCCUCCGGUCCGGCUUCGGCCACGGCGACAGCCACCGCCGCCGCGCUGGGGGAGGUCGAAGAUGAAGGGCUCCUGGCGUCGCUGUUCCGCGACCGCUUCCCCGAGGCCCAGUGGCGUGAGCGACCCGACGUGGGCCGCUACCUCCGGGAGCUGAGCGGCUCGGGGCUGGACCGGCUGCGCCGCGAGCCCGAGCGCUUGGCGGAGGAGCGGGCCCAGCUGCUGCAGCAGACGCGCGACCUGGCCUUCGCCAACUACAAGACGUUCAUUCGCGGGGCCGAGUGCACCGAGCGCAUCCACCGGCUCUUUGGCGACGUGGAGACGUCCCUCGGGCACCUGCUCGACCGCUUGCCCGGCUUUCAGCAGAGCUGCAGGAACUUUGUGAAGGAGGCCGAGGAGAUCAGCUCCAACCGGCGGAUGAACACCCUGACUCUAAAUCGGCACACAGAAAUCCUGGAGAUUUUAGAAAUUCCCCAGCUUAUGGACACUUGUGUCCGAAACAGCUACUAUGAAGAGGCCCUGGAGCUUGCUGCCUAUGUACGACGUCUGGAAAGGAAAUACUCCUCCAUCCCUGUCAUCCAGGGCAUUGUGAAUGAAGUGCGCCAGUCCAUGCAGCUGAUGCUAAGCCAGCUGAUCCAGCAACUGAGGACCAACAUCCAGCUCCCGGCCUGCCUGCGUGUCAUUGGCUAUCUUCGGCGCAUGGAUGUCUUCACUGAGGCUGAGCUGAGGGUGAAGUUUCUUCAGGCCCGGGAUGCUUGGCUUCGCUCCAUCCUGACUGUUAUCCCUAAUGAUGAUCCUUAUUUCCAUAUCACAAAAACCAUUGAGGCCUGCCGGGUCCACCUCUUUGAUAUCAUCACCCAGUACCGUGCCAUCUUCUCAGAUGAGGACCCCUUGCUGCCACCUGCCAUGGGAGAGUACACUGUGAAUGAGAGUGCCAUCUUCCAUGGCUGGGUGCUGCAGAAAAUCUCACAGUUCCUGCAGGUGCUAGAGACCGACCUUAACCGGGGUAUAGGUGGUCGCUUGGACUCUCUGCUGGGCCAGUGCAUGUACUUUGGGCUGUCCUUUAGCCGAGUGGGGGCUGAUUUCCGGGGCCAGUUGGCUCCUGUUUUCCAGAGGGUGGCGAUCAACACUUUCCAGAAAGCAGUUGAGGAAGCCGUGGAGAAAUUCCAGGAUGAAAUGACUUCCUACACCCUCCUCUCGGCGGCAGCCAUCCUGGGUAGCAGUAGCAUGCCUGCUGCGGUGCCAGCCGCACAGCCAGGGGCGUUGCAGCCACCGAUGGCGCUCUUGGACUUCCCGCCCCUUGCCUGCUUCCUCAACAACGUUUCGGUUGCUUUCAAUGAUCUCCGUCUCUGCUGUCCUGUGGCCCUAGCACAGGAUGUGACUCGGGCCUUGGAGGAUGGCCUUGCAAAGGUAACCAAAACAAUUCUGGCAUUCCAUCGUGCCGAAGAGGCCGCAUUCAGCAGUGGGGAGCAUGAAAUCUUUGUCCAGUUCUGCACUGCCUUCCUGGAAGACCUUGUUCCUUAUUUGAACCGCUGUCUUCAAGUCCUUUUCCCACCAGCUCAGAUAGCCCAGACUCUAGGCAUUUCACCCACCCAGCUCUCCAAGCACGGAACCCUUGGGCAUGUGAACAUCAGCGCCAUCCAGGAACCUCUCGCCUUUAUCCUGCCUAAGAGAGAGACCGUCUUCUGCCUAGAUGACCAGGAGCUAGUGCCGGACCUCGUGGUUCCAGCGCUAGAGCCUUCUGCGGAGCAGCCGGGACUGGACCCAAGAGGAGAGCCAGUGGUGUGGUCAGCAAGUGGGUGGACAGCCCGAAUCAUCCAGCAUGAGAUGGAUCAUUUGCAGGGCUGCCUGUUCAUUGACAAAAUGGACAGUGGGACAUUUACCAAUCUCCACUGGAUGGAGGUGAAUGACUGAAGCUCUCUUGCUUGACUGAGGGUCUGGAAAACUGGCCUGGAGACAUUUCAGGUUAAGAUGGGCACAUCUUUUGUGCUUCAACUCCGAAUUGGUUCCCAUCUGACAGUAAACAGUGGACUGAGAUAAAGGAAGAUGACAGAAAUGCUUGUCCUGAAAUCUGAUUUGGACAGAAUCCUGUUACAGCAUGAGUAGAAAUACACCCUUAAAGAAGGA